AUGGUUCGGCGUAAGAGUAACACCGCCUACAACUUCAGAAGUGGGAUUAACUCGAUUCAACCGGAUGAAAACCACGGAGCCGUGCACAUGCACGACCACGAUGUCGCUGUCAAUGGCGACGGCGUUCACGAAGCUGCCCUAACACCUGCGAUUGUUACACCACCCGCGAGUGGCGAAGGUUCCAAUCAGAAUGCAACUCCUGACUUGAACGCAAUGUUUCAAUUACUGAUGGAACAAAAUCGUAUGCUUAUGCAACAACUCUCUGUUUCGAAUUCAAAGACGAAUAAUGAACAAAGUAAUUCGUUUUAUGUCAUGCCGGAUUUGAACAAAAGUGUUAAGUCGUUUACGAGUCGCGAAUCCGGCUCGGAAGCAAAGGAUUGGCUCAAAACUUUUAUUGGAAUGGCCGAAAUUAACAAAUGGUCCGAUGCAUUAAAAAUUGAGUCAAUUCGUGCAAAUUUGAAUGGUCCAGCUCAGCAAUGGUUUAAAAGUCGUCGGUUCAGCUCUUGGGAAAAUUUUGAGCAACAAUUUACGCGAACAUUCAUUGGUAUUCCAAAUCGUACAGAACUAUGGCACGCAUUGGUCGCUAGGACGCAAUCGAAGAAUGAAGCAACUAUAGAUUACUUUUAUGAUAAAGUACGUUUGUGCAGUGAAUUAUGUUUGUCAUUUGAAGAGACAAAAACACAAUUAUUGGAAGGGUUUUAUUCACAAAGUAUGGUUACAUAUUUAUUAUCAAAACAUCAUACAGAAACUGACGGUAUGUUUGACGAUAUUUUAACUUAUGAAAGAUUAUAUGAAAUGCGUACAACCCUUUAUGGCUCAAAUAAACAAAUCUCCUCAAGUAAUUCAAAUUUAUUCAUUAAAGCUAGUGCUCAAAAAAAUGAAAAAAAUAACUCAAGUCUAGAACCGAAGCAAACCUUAAUCAAACGUUGUUUUAAUUGCUAUAGUACUGCACAUACUAUUAUUAAUUGUCCAGAACCUAAACGGUAG